UAAGUAGUUCCCCAAUUCCCACUAAAACCCUCAAAAAUCAAUCAAAAACCCUCUCCUCACUCACUCACUCCUCACCAUGUCGUCUCUCCUCCAACUCCAACAACGCACCUCAUUGUGGAAAUCCUCCGCCCACAUACGGCGGCGAUACAGCAGCGAAGCCCUGGAAUCCGGAUUCCCCAAACCGGACCCAAAGUACGACGAGACAAUCCUGGCGAUCCCCCGGUCCAAGUCCGGAACCAACAUCUCCACCAAGGAGCGCAAGGCCGGCCGCGUCCCCGCCAUCCUCUUCGAGCAGGAGGACGGCCAGCACGGCGGCAACAAGCGCCUCAUUUCCGUCCGGACCACCCAGAUCCGAAAGCUCGUCAACCACCUCGGCCGCUCCUUCUUCCUCUCCAGAGUCUUUGACCUCGAACUCAGGUCCCCUGCUUUUGACGAGUACGACGAUAUCCUCGAGAAGGUCCGCGUUUUGCCCCGCUUGAUUCAUCUGCACUCAGCGACAGAUGCACCACUCAAUGUUACAUUCAUAAGGGCCCCCUCAAAUGCUUUGUUGAAAGUUGAUAUUCCUAUCGUUUACAGAGGAGAAGAUAUAUCCCCUGGACUAAGGAAAGGGGCUUAUUUGAAUACCAUCAAACGAACCGUUAAGUAUCUUUGUCCGGCUGAUGUCAUCCCUCCUUUUAUUGAUGUUGAUCUGAGUGAGUUGGACGUGGGCCAAAAGUUGGUAAUGGGAGACCUAAAGGUUCAUCCAGCCUUGAAGCUUCUUCAGUCAAAAGAAGAGCCUGUUUGUAAGAUUAUGGGAGCUAGGGUUUCUGAUCAAAAGAAAUCUAAAUAACUACAUGUCUUCCGAGUUUUGUUGGCAAAAUUUCACACCGCAAUGAGGCAUUUCUGGGCUAACUUGUAUUGUUCAUGGCUCAUUACAUAAUUCUUGAUAGACUUGGAGAGAAGGGCAUGAAAUGUGAAUGUAAGCUUCCCCUACCCGCUCUUUCUUUUCUUUUAUUUCUCUUCUUCUUCUUCCUUCUUUUACUUUUUUUCCAAUUCUUGCUUCUUUCUUUUUGAUUUGGAAAUUUGGGGGAGAUGGAGAAGAUAGUCACUUUUGCAAUUAUUGAUCCCAUAUCCUUUUCUUUCCUUCCCUAUUGUGUUAUAACUACCCUAAGGAUAUGAGACUGUUUCAAGGAGCACACAUUCAAAUGAGGCACAUCGGAAGUGUUAAAUACC